AUGGCGGAAAACGAAGCGAAACAGAUCGUCCAACAGCUCGACUCGCUCAAAGCAAACCACCUCACGCAAGCUCCUCAACUCCUCUCCCGCGCCAAACUCGCCCUCCUCAAUCUCAAUGCCCUCGUACCAUCCGAAGACACCUCAUCAAGCCAUCUCGCGCUCGCCACCGCUGUCCUCGAGCGUGGCGCCCUCAUCAGCAUCAAGCUCAAGGACACGGACAGCUUCACGCGAUACUACCAACAACUGCAGCCAUUCUACUCGCUAACCAGCCGGUCGCCGAAUCAGAGCAAAGUAACGGGGCUGUACCUGCUCCUUCUGCUGAGCGUGGGCGACUAUGCCGGCUUCCACACGGUGCUUGAGGGUCUGGAGUUGAGCGCGGGCAAGGAGCAGAUUGAGAAGGACCAGUUCAUCCAGUAUCCAGUGCGGUUGGAGCAGGCGCUGAUGGAGGGAAGCUAUGAUAAGGUGUGGGGUGAGACGAAGAGGGAGAGAGUACCGAGCGAGGAGUUUGGUGUAUUCUCAGAGGUCCUCAUCGACACCAUCCGCUCCGAGAUCGCAUCCUGCUCUGAGCGCGCAUACCCAUCACUACCCAUCUCCAACGCCAAGAACCUGCUGUUCCUCGACUCCGAAGGCGCCGUCAUCCAGUUUGCACAAGCACGAGGCUGGGCAGCAAAGGAUGGCCGGAUAUACUUCCCCCAGCAAGAAGAGGAGGCUUUGGCGGCGGAGAAGGAUGUCAUGAGCAAUAGCGACGUGGUCAUCGAGAACACGUUGGGGUACGCGAGGAAGCUGGAGACAAUUGUGUAA